UGCCGGCGGAAGGCGGGGCGGAGCGGCCGCGCUUCCGCGUGUGUGUAGGUGCUGGGUAGGGUAGGGCGGCGACCUGGGCAUGGAGGAUGAGUUCGCUCCUGCUGCAGCUGGCGGUGCUCGGCGUGGCGCUGGCGGCCGCAGCCCUGAUACUGAUUUCCUUUGUUGCAUUUAUAACUGCUACAAAAAUGCCACACCUCCAUCAACAUGAAGACGAGAAGUUCUUCUUAAAUGCCAGAGGACAGAAGGAAGCAUUGCCUAGCAUAUGGGACUCACCUACCAAACGGCUCUCUGUUGUUGUGCCUUCAUACAAUGAAGAAAAACGGUUGCCUGUAAUGAUGGAUGAAGCUCUGGGCUAUCUAGAGGAGAGACAGAAGCAAGAUCCUACAUUCACUUAUGAGGUGAUAGUAGUUGAUGAUGGCAGCAAAGACCAGACUUCAAAGGUAGCUUUUAAAUAUUGCCAGAAAUAUGGAAGUGACAAGGUACGAGUGAUAACACUGGUGAAGAAUCGCGGGAAAGGCGGAGCUAUUAGGAUGGGUAUAUUCAGUUCUCGAGGAGAAAAAAUCCUCAUGGCAGAUGCAGAUGGAGCCACAAAGUUUCCAGAUCUUGAGAAAUUGGAAAAAGGACUGAAUGACCUACAGCCUUGGCCUGAACAAAUGGCUAUUGCAUGUGGAUCUCGAGCACAUUUGGAAAAAGAAUCAAUUGCUCAGCGUUCUUACUUCCGUACUCUGCUCAUGUAUGGGUUCCAUUUUCUGGUGUGGUUCCUAUGUGUCAAAGGAAUCAGAGACACACAGUGUGGAUUCAAAUUAUUUACUCGAGAAGCAGCUUCACGGACGUUUUCGUCUCUACACAUUGAACGAUGGGCAUUUGAUGUAGAAUUACUUUACAUAGCACAGUUCUUUAAAAUUCCAAUAGCAGAAAUUGCUGUCAACUGGACUGAAAUUGAAGGUUCUAAAUUAGUUCCAUUUUGGAGCUGGCUACAAAUGGGCAAGGACCUACUUUUUAUACGACUUCGAUAUCUAACUGGUGCCUGGAGGCUUGAACAAACCAAGAAGAUGAAUUAGGUUAUUUCCCAUCUUUGUAUUCUUAUGUAUCAGUGUCAACACAUUUCAUUUGAAAUUAAAAUUUUAAAUAAAUCUGGAAUAAACGUAUGCCAUUGUCUGCCUUUUGGUAAUUUUAAAGAAUUAACUGCCACAACUAAAAAUGCUUAUACCCCUUUUGGACCAAAAAAUUUAAAGGUAUUUGUAACGAA